AUGGCAGCGACUCUCGAAUCCACCCCUCCACGCGAACUGGCAUCGCCAACCUCACAAAAGCGAAAGCGCGCCGAUUCCGAGGUUCAGCCGCUGACGCCUCCGCUAACUGCGAAUGACCCUGAGGGUACACGCCUUCUCUCACGCGCCGUGAAUGUCCUCUCCACCGCCGCAACCGCCCUCUCACAAGUCACCCUUUUAUACCAAUCUGAUCAUGUCGCGCGGGAAGGCCUAUUACAGGCAGUCGAGGUUAUCACGAACGGGAACAUGGCGGGGGGCAAGCUCAUAGUAUGCGGAGUAGGCAAAAGCGGGCUCGUAGGGAGGAAGGUCGUCGCGACCAUGAAAAGCUUAGGUAUAGCAAGCUCCUUCAUGCAUGCUGCUGAAGCGCUGCAUGGGGAUCUUGGGGAUAUCAGGCAGAAUGAUGCCAUCAUGUUCAUAUCCUACUCUGGCAAGACAGCUGAAUUGAUGGCCCUGCUCACCCACAUACCUUCGCACACACCCGUCCUCGCUAUAACCUCGCACACGAAGUUGUGUGACUGUCCUCUCCUCAACGAACGGUCGAACUCGAUCCUCUUGCCCGCGCCGAUACACGAGUUAGAAGAGACUUCAUUCGGCGUGUGUGCACCAACAACCAGCACCACCGUGACAAUCGCUGUUGGUGACAUGCUGGCAUUGACAGUAGCCGAGGCGUUGCAUGAGGAAGAGGCAAAGAGUGUGUUCAAGAGGAACCACCCUGGUGGCGCCAUUGGAGCAAAGUCGAGACGGAUAGAUGUCGAUGAGGUAGCGAUUCUCGCGGACAAGUGCGCUGGCAUGGUUACGCCUCCAGUCUCAUGA